CGCCGGGUUAACUAGAACUAAGCUAGCUACUAUCACUCUGAUCUCCCUAGGAGUUGCUACACACGUCAAUACUCGACUACUCCUCCCGGUAUGUUAAACGAAACCAUCCAAGUGCACGGUGGGCAUGAGCUAGUGCUGAAUUCAUCCACGACGACGGUGAAGCCAGCACUACCGAUACAGGAGCACCGCAUGCCGCUGUCUAACCUCGACCUCCUCCUACCGCCGCUUGACGUAAGCGUCUUCUUCUGCUACCUCCACCCUGCGCCCAUGGCGGCCGCUCUCAAGGAAGCGCUGGCCAAGGUGCUCGUCAAAUACUACCCGCUUGCCGGGGAGGUUGUGGCCAACACCGCCGGGGAGCCGGAACUGCUGUGCCACAGCCGUGGUGUGGAUUUUACGGAGGCGAGCGCCGACAACGCCAUGCUUCGGGAGCUCCGGAUUGGCAUGGUGGAGGAGGGUGUGGAGAUGCUGGUUCCCGCCAAAAAGGCCGGUGUGAUGUCUGUUCAGGUCACCAAGUUUAAGUGUGGCGGUGCCGUCGUUGGCUGCACUUUCGACCACAGAGUAUGCGACGCCUACUCCUUCAACAUGUUCCUCGUCGCAUGGGCCGCCACAUCGCGUGGUGGGUCCACACCUCUGGCCCCGUCCUUUUGCCGCUCGUUAGUCGCUCCGCGAGAUCCAUCACCGCGCACGCCCUCCACCGAUGCCCUGAUCGAGCGCCUAUUCUCCCCUCUCAGCUCAACACCGCUCCCUCCGGCCUCGACCUCCGUCAAUCGCAUCUACCAUAUAUCCUCCGAUGAUGUCGCGGCAUUGCAGGCCUUAGCCGGGCCCCCAUACACGAAGCUUGAGGCAUUCACGGCCCACCUAUGGCAGCUCUGCUCUAGAGCGGCCUCCGAAUGUCAGCGUAUGUGCUGCAUGGGGAUGGUGGUAGACGGGCGUGCUCGCAUUUCCCCGUCCCCGGAUAGCGCCAUGAAGGCCUACUUCGGCAAUGUGUUGACCAUACCAUACGGUGUCAUCAGCAUGGACGAUCUUCGCCUACGCAUGUCGCUUGCCGACGUGGCCGGCGACGUGCACCGGUGGGUGCGCGAGGCCGCUACGUAUGAGCACUUUCGGGGAUUGGUCGACUGGGUAGAGGCACUACGACCCGAGCCUGCCGCGGCUAGAGCCUACUUCGGUGGCACUGGUGGUGUGGAGGCGAUGACGUGCAUCAUGUCGUCGGGGAUGGGUUUCCCAACCGGUGAGGCCGACUUCGGGUGGGGCACGCCAGCGUUCGCGUCAUAUCACUUCCCGUGGCCCGGUGGUGCGGCCUACGUGAUGCCGAUGCCAAGCGCACACGGGGAUGGAGAUUGGAUUGUGUACGUGCAUGCGGCGCCGGAGUUGAUGAAGGUGAUGGAGGAGAAGCAGACUGUUUUCAAGACCCUCAAAAAUAGCUAUGUGUUCGGAUGAUAAAAGGGCCGGCAGUAUCCUGCUCCUCGUGUAAUUUACGAGGAGAAGAGCUAGCGGCCUGGCUAUUUUCAUUCUUUAUCGAGCAGCUAAUAUACUAUGUGUAUGGCAUACCAUAUGUGGUGCAUAUGUGUGUCAUGUAUUCCACUCUUGUGUUGUUUAAUGUUUUUGCUUGUGUAUGUAUGUACGAUUUGUGUGAGUUGUAACACCACCACCAACUAGUCGUUGCUGGUAACCUUACCUUUCAAAAAUAAA